ACCCUUCGCUAAGCCACGCCCAAAAACCGCCCUAGGCCAAUCGUAGUUUAGCAACGGUAACUAAGCGCGGAGGACCUGACAAACUUUUGGGCCAAGUGAAGAUGCCGAAGCACUGUGCCUAUGGGUUGUGCAAAACGGACAGCCGAUACCCAAAGAGUUUGGAGGGUGGUGUUGUUUUUUUUCCAUUCCCGAAACCCAAAACUCAAUACGAGAAAUGCCGUGAGUGGAUCAAAAAGUGUGGGAGGCCCCAAUCGCAGAUGAAUGUCUCGACGAUAACCAAGAACACUUACAUUUGCUCCAAGCAUUUUGUUAAUGGACAGCCGACACACGACUUCCCCAAUCCCAUUGCUGCUCUCCCGGGGUCAGUUCGUACGCGGGAGCAUCAGGGGGGUUGCCGGAGGUCUCCACGGAAAAGAAUCAGGUGUGACCAGCCGGAAACGAACACCUCAUUCUCCACCGAGGACACAUCACUACAGUGUGACUUGACCAACAACAGCGAAGAUCUCGACAACCAAGAGGAACUGAGUCUGCAACCAAGCCGUGAAGCCAACCAAGAGGAAUUGAGAACUCUUCAGGAUGCAUUAACUGCACAAAAGCAGGAGAUAAUUAGUCUGAGGGUUAAGCUUGAGGCAAAGGACAGGGAACUCCACCUUCAGAAGUGCACAGACUUAAACCCUGAGAUAUUGAACAUAAGCCAUGUGCCUGAUUAUUUCCAAUACUGAACAGGU